UGAUUGGUCGAGCGGCGUGUCAAUCACUCACAGCGCGCUAGGGGUUGUCUGGCUCUCGCUGUUAGCAUGCUAAUGUGUAAAGCAGCAAACUCUUAAGUCAACUUUGCCUUGUGCGGCAGCAUGGAAACGAACGCGAGCAGGUAGUUGACUGAAUCAGCAACAAAGUUGAAUUCAUCGAAAAUUAAGCGGACGGAUCCUACGAAACGCAGCCAACAAAUGUCCGGGCAUAUUUGCUCUCCCGACAAGUGCAAGAAGUUCCUAGUUUACAUGGAAUAACGCUUGCUGUGCUGUGUGUGUGUCGCCGGGACUUUAAUACUUCUGAAGUCAGCUUGAAAGAGCAUUUGAGGACGAUGAAUCUGUCUUUUGACGACCCGUCACUGGACACCCUGGACUCCAGUUUGUCUUUACACGAUCCGAGUGAUAUCGACACGGCUCUGCUCAGUGACAUUGAUGAUAUGCUCCAGUUUAUCAACAACCAGGACAUAGAGUUUGGAGGGCUGUUCGAUCACCCUACAUUUCCUGCCCCCGCAGCUCCCACGCAGGACCUCUCAGUCCUGCCCCACUCCAGCCCUUCCUCUCCUCCACCCAGCUCUUCUACACCCACCAAAACCUCCUCCAUCCUCAGCAGCAGCCCCCACCUGGAUGCCCUGCUGGGACCCCCCAUCACCCGAAGCUCCUCCAUCCCGGACAAGGUGUUCCACCCUCCCACUUUCCAGCAGUCUCCUUUGGCACAGCUGACCUCCACCCCCGCGAACCCCACCACACUACAGACCACGCAGCCCAAAGCUCAGCCUGCUCCAUCUCCCAGCCUCCAUCCUUCCACCCCGCCAGCCCCGAUCCAAGCUGUCCCAGCUGGGAAGAGUCCUUCCUUUGGUGCUACCCAGCAGGCCCUCUUCAGCUCACCGACACCCCAACCACAGCAGCAGCAGCCCGUGGUCACUUACCCCAACCAGAACGGUUAUACUGCUGUCACCCAGCAGAGCUCCCCUCAGCCAAUCUCGAGUCUAUCCACAUCUCUACAGAACGUUCAGCCAAUGGCCAUCCAAGCCCAGGUGCAGAGCCUCUCGGCUUCGCCAAUCCUGACCACCUCGUCCAGCCCUCCAACACAGACCAUCUCCCCUCAGGUUCAGCAGGUUCAGCAGGUUCCUGUUUUGUUGCAGCCGCAGUUCAUUAAGGCAGACUCUCUCUUACUCACAACUCUAAAGCCUGAUGCAUGUAUGGUAACAACAGUCGCGUCACCCUGCAUCACAUCGCUGGCUACAUCCACGGCACCAGUCCAGAACACCUCACUGCAGGCACUAAUGAGUGGAGGCACCAUCCUGACCACCGUUCCGCUGGUGGUGGACACAGAGAAGCUGCCCAUCAAUCGCAUCACCAUCAGCGGGAAACUAGGCGGCCAGCCGCACAAGGGCGAGAAACGCACAGCCCAUAACGCCAUUGAAAAACGCUACCGCUCUUCCAUCAAUGACAAGAUCAUUGAGCUCAAAGACCUGGUGGCUGGGACAGAAGCUAAGCUCAAUAAGUCGGCCGUGUUGCGGAAAGCCAUUGACUUCAUUCGCUACCUUCAGCAGUCCAACCAAAAACUAAAGCAGGAGAACAUGGCACUCAAAAUGUCCAUUCAGAAGAACAAGUCUCUGAAGGACCUUGUGAUCAUGGAGGUGGAUGUGAAACCAGAAAUCCCCACCCCUCCAGCAUCAGAUGUCGGCUCGCCUCAAUCCAGCGGCCCCUUCUCGCACCACGGCAGUGACUCAGAGUCAGACAGCCCGAUGGAAGAAGACAACAAGCCUGUGGUUGAGAGGGCUGGAGGAAUGCUGGACCGCUCGCGCAUGGCUCUGUGUGCCUUCACCCUGCUCUUCCUAUCCUUUAAUCCAUUGGCGUCUCUGCUGUGUGGUGGCUGGAGCAGCUCUGGGACGACUGUCUCUGGACACACAGGAAGGAGUAUGCUGGCAGUGCAGGAUGCAGCCGAGUCUUGGGGUUGGUUGGAUUGGAUGUUGCCCACUCUUCUGGUGUGGCUGUUGAACGGUGUUCUGGUCGCUGGAGUUUUGAUCCGCCUGCUCGUGUAUGGAGAACCUGUGACCAGACCUCACUCAGAAUCAUCUGUCCUCUUCUGGAGACACCGCAAACAGGCCGAUCUGGAUCUAGCCAGGGGCGACUUUGCUCAGGCCUCUCAGAACCUCUGGACGUGUCUCAAAGCUCUUGCUCGCCCUCUGCCCACGUCUCAGCUGGACCUGACCUGUGCUGUGCUGUGGUCCGCCCUGCGUCUGUGUCUGCAGAGACUGUGGGUGGGCCGCUGGCUAGCCAGCCGUGCCGGAGCCAUCCGUUCCAAUCGCCCCCUACAGGAAGAUGCCCGUAAGAGCUGCCGUGACGCCGCCUUGGUCUACCAUCGUCUACACCAACUCCACAUGACCGGCAAGCUCGGAGGAAGCCACCUCUCUGCAAUCCACAUGGCACUGAGCGCUCUCAACCUGGCCGAGUGUGCAGGAGACUGUCUCCCUGUUGCCACACUGGCAGAAAUCUAUGUGUCUGCAGCCCUACGGGUUAAAACCAGCCUUCCCCGCCUACUUCACUUCACUACUCGUGUGUUCUUGAGCAGCGCUCGGCAGGCCUGUCUGUCGCCCAGUGGCAGCGUCCCUCCUGCCAUGCAGUGGUUGUGUCACCCGCUGGGUCAUCGUUUCUUUGUGGACGAGGACUGGUCCAUUCGCAGCACCCCUAAAGAGAGCAUCUACAGCCAGGCGGGAAACUCAGUUGACCCGCUGGCUCAGGUGACCCAGGCGUUCCGCGAGCAUCUGUUGGAAAAGGCCCUGUACUGCGUGGCACAGCCGCGAGGCGACAAGAGCCUCUCUGAUGGAGAUGGUGAAUACUCAGACUCUCUGGAAUACCUGCAGUUGCUCACCAGCGCCUCAGACGCAGCAGGAGCCACGACACAGUCCUUCGCCAUCGGAUCAAACAUGGCCACUGUCACAGGAUGUGACCCUCACUCCAAAUGGUGGUCAUCGGUUGUCGUGGUGAUCAUUAAUUGGCUCCAGGGAGAUGACGUGGCGGCAGAGAGAUUGUACCCGGCGGUGGAGCACUUGCCACGCAGCCUUCAGACCGCUGAGAGUCCACUGCCCAAAGCCUGUCUUAACACUUUCAAAGCGGUGCGCUCCCUGCUGGCCAAACCAGAGAGCUACCAGCUCAGCCUCAGCUACUGUGAGAAAGCCAGCGGCCUGUUCAGAGACAGCCUCAACCUCGGCCCACACUACAGCACCAGCACACUAGACAAGCUGGUGCAGUUGCUGCUGUGUGAUCUGUUGUUGGUGACGCGCACUAAUGUGUGGCGGGAGCAGCAGGUGGCGUCUCAGCAGAGCUCCUCGACAGCCGCCUCGCCGGCAGAGCUGCAGGGUUUCCAGCAGGACCUCAGCUCGCUCCGCAAGCUCACCCAGAGCUUCAGACCAGCCAUGCGCAGGUUGUUCCUGCAUGAAGCCACAGCUCGGCUGAUGGCGGGAGCCAGUCCAACACGCACACACCAGCUCUUGGACCGCAGUCUGCGCCGCCGCGCCACAUCUGGAAGCAGAACAGAGGAGUGUGAGAUGCAUCCAGGCCAGCGGGAGCAGGCAGAGGCCGUGAUGCUGGCGUGCCGCUACCUGCCCCCUUACUUCCUGUCAGCUCCGGGCCAGAGGGUGGGCAUGCUGGUGGACGCCGCCCGGACACUGGAGAAACUAGGCGACAAACGCACCCUCCACGACUGCCCACAGAUGAUCAUCAAACUGGGCAGCGGAACGACCGUCACGUCCACCUAACCGACCACACACACUAAAGAGCACUUUACCAAACACACCCCAACACGCUCUUUAUUUCAGGCCUCAGUCAGUAUCAUCAAACAAUGCCAAGACUGUUUCGAAUCUCCCCAACAAUUCACAGCAGCAUAUUCAGAACCAAUGACGA